UCUUCUGAUGCAGAAUGCCAUAUAAACAUAACAUAAGAAACGCACUUCCUUCAUGGAUGAGCCGACAGUGAGGCGGUCGACAUGAGGCGUCUGCUGCCAGUCCUGCUGCUGCUGCUGCUCACCACAGGUUCACUUGGGAAAGUGACGGUCUUCCUAUCAGAACACACAGUGGUUGGUGUCCAAUAUUCAGAUGCAUUACUCCCUUGCCGCUUCAAUGUCACUCCAGGUCCCAUUGACCCCCAACAGUUGACUGUCAUCUGGUCCCAUUAUGGCUUCCCUGUGGCAAGCUAUGAAAAGGGAAAGAACAUUGGGAGAGUGGAAACUGACCUGUUGAGUAACGAGGUUCCUCAUGGAAACGCGUCACUGCUCCUCUCCAAGAUAAUGAAGCGGGAUGAGGGGCACUACGAGUGUGAAGUGGAGUAUGCAGGAGAGAAGGACACCCUCAACAUCAUCCUCUCCAUCUUAGUUCCCCCUGAAGUCUUCUUGGCUCCAGAGUCAGCCCAUCUUCUCACUGAAAACUUGGUGACAUGCACUGCCAAGAGCUUCUACCCCGAAACCAUCACAUUUAUUUGGAGAAGAAGUGGGGUGAUUGUUGAGCCCCUAACCGUAACGGUGCCAACUCUCAAUCCUGAUGGCACAUUUGACUCCAAGAGCAUUUACAGGUUUGCUCCUGGGUCUCGGAAGGAGCUCACCUGUGAGGUGAAACAUGAGGCCCUACAGAAGCCACUGACCAGAUCUAUCAUCUACUCAGGGUUCACCAUUGCAGAGAUCACUGGGAUCGUGCUUGCUGUAUUCCUCUUACUUCUCCUUGUCCUCGGUGUGUACUGGUGGUUCUCAGUCUCCCUGUCACCCAUUGACCUUACCAAGAUGAUCCAAGAUGAACCUGCAUUGGUCAAAUACACCCUCAAAGGCUGGAGACUUGGACACAUCACUCUCAAGUGGUUUAUCAAUGACAAGGUCAUCCUGCUGGACACAAUGGACCAAGAAGAGACGUAUGGUGGUGCUGGGGUGUGUGUACCUCUUCAUAGUCCCACUGGUUAUAUCAUGAAGAGGCAUAUGUGUCAUGAAGGACUCCUUGUAUCAGAGAGCCUGGUCACCUUGCAGUUUAUGUUGAACCAAAAGGAGCACCAAGGUGCUGUGGUCAGGUGUCGGGCCAGACAUGGGCUCACCAGGAGGAGUGUGGAGUGUAUGGUCACUCUAAAGGAGGUUUAUGUUCGUCCGCGACUUUCAGAUAUCCAGAAUAUGUCUCAGGAAAAAAGUGAAAAUGUAGUGAAACUUCAAAUCAGGGCAGAGGGGUUCUACCCACGAGACAUCAGCUUCACAUGGUUACUGGGAGCGGACCCUGUGAGCUCAGAAUCACCAGACAAUAAAGAAAAUCCCAAUGGAACCUUCAGCACUGGGAGUGUCUGCUCUGUCCCUCUGCCUCAGGUUCAGAAUCCCAACUUCAAGGUCACUGUGGUGAUUGAGCACAUCUCCAUGGGAAAGGUGGAGAAAAUGGCCACCAGCAGUACCCCAGGUAUUGAUGGACGCCCCAUCCUCUCUGACAUUGAGAUGGUCAGUUUUUCAAAGGUGGGGGAGCCCUGCACGCUAAGCUGCACCAUCUCCAAGUUCUUCCCUAGCAGUCUCCAAGUGACCUGGCACAGGGUUAGAGUUGAGAGUGAACUUGAGCCUGUAACUGCAGGGUCAGCUGAGUGGCCAGCCACUGUGACCACCUCUAAACCAGUGAUGAGGACUAACAGCUUUGAGGUGACCUCUGAUGUCCAGUUCACUGCAGCAAGUCUUAAUGAAGUCGAGGAGAUGACAUACAUGUGUAAGGUAGAACAUAUGACUCUAAAGGAGCCUUUAACAAGGAGGUCUUGGAGACUGAAGUUAACAGCUGAAAAAACGCAUCCCAAAAUGUCGGACGUGCAACUCCACUUUACAGAGUGUGGUGAGCCUUGCAUCCUCAGCUGUGUCAUCUCAGACUUCUACCCCAAAGACAUCAAUGUGACCUGGCAGAGGAGACACAAGAAAAUCCAUGAGACACUUCCUGCAGAGUCAGAGUAUUGGAACCCUGCCGUGACCAACUAUGGGCCCAUCAUGAGGAAGAACAAGUUUGAGCUGUUGUCCAGGGCAGAAUUCACCCCUCAGUCCCUGAGUGGCCUGGAGGACAUGGAAUUCAUCUGCAGAGUGGAGCAUGAGACCUUGAAUGGGGAGGCCAUUGAGAAAUGUUGCACAGGGGUACCAGAAAUCACCCGAGUCCCUAAAGUGUCGGAUAUUGUGAUCCACUUCAAAGAGAUUGGGGACCUCUGUGUCUUAAGCUGUGUCAUCUCUGACUUCUUCCCCAAAGAAAUCAACAUUACCUGGGAGAGGAGGCCCAAGAAACAAAUACAGUACAAAAACUCCAAGACUGGAGAAUGGAAGCCUACUGAGAUCCAAAAGUUCCUCUACGUCAGGAAGAGCACCUUUGACCUGUUGGCACAGGCCCUGUUCACCCCACUGGUUGCAUCUCAUCUAAAGGACAUGGACUUCAUUUGCCGAGUGCAGCACCAGACCCUGGCAGAGCCAAUUGAAAGGCACACCGGUGAGAUUUCAGUGCCCUCGCAGAAAGAAUGACUGGUCCAAACCAAAUGAUGACAUGAAAGGGACAUUUAAAUUCACUCAAGAGGUCCAACAGGCUCCUGAGGGGAAAAAAAGAAAGAAAAUGUUAAAAAUGUAUGCCUGGUGUGUCUGAGGGCCGUGCAGGUACUGUGCUCCUCAAUGGACUGAGUUCAGGAGAUGGGUUCUGGAACUUUCUCAAUUCAUUUAGUGGUUGUAGAGGCCAAAGGCUUUCUAACCAGGACUGAGGAAAAGGCAGAAAACAGGACCUGACAGGACUCUAGCGCAUCACAGGGACCAGUCUCAGUCACUGACACACACAUACACUCACACACCAUAUUCAACUACUGUGACAUUUACAAGUGCCAAUUAGCAUAACCUAAAUAAAUCAAUCAAUCAUUGUAAUGAA